AUGAAUCGUGCAAGGCCAGAGUUGAAGCAACAAUUGGCCCUGUUGGAGGUUAAUACCUUUGAAGAGAUAUGUGUAAAGCUACGAGUUAUAGCUAGAAGGACAAAAGAGGUGGUAGAGGUAAGGAGAGUUGAGAACCAAGCUAGAGUAGCCCGUUAUCCUGUGCCUACUAGAGGAGUGGGAAAAGGAAGUCAAUACAACUCUGGGAGCUCAGGACGUGCUUAUGCCAUGACAAAUGAAGAGGCUUCUGCAUCCCCAAAUUUGAUUCGAGCUAACAUCAUACUUCAAGGACAUGUUAUUUCUACUUUAUUUGACUCGGGUGCUACGCACUCCUUUAUUUCGUUGGAUUGUGCUCAGAAGUUGAGUUUGCCUAUGGUUGAGCUACCAUACAAUUUGAGAGUAUCUACUCUUGCAUGGGUCAUUAUCAUAACUGGAAGGAGGUUAGUGACUAUUCGGGUAGGUGUAUUAUGUACUGAGUUGCUUGGUGGCCCAGUUCUUUUAUCAGCUGCACAAGUGGAUAAGGCGGUGAAGAAGGGGUGUCAGGCCUUCAUUGUAUUCUUCUCGAUCAAUAGGAGUGAAGCAGGUGGAAUUGAGCAGAUAGAUGUGGUAAAGGAGUACCCAGAGGUGUUUCCAGAUGAGGUUGCAGCACUACCUCCAGAGCAGGAAGUGGAAUUCUCUAUAGAAUUGAUUCUGGGAACUACCCUAAUUUCAAAGGCUCAGUAUAAAAUGUCUCCUUCAGAAUUGGUUGAAUUGAAAAAAGCAGCUUGA